AUGGCUUCAUCAACACCCCCUUCUCUCACCAAGAAAGUUUCUGAAAUUGGACCAGAAGAGAGUAAAGACGACCUCUCCGCCCCUCCCUCUGACAACAGCCAGGCAGGAUUCUAUGAAGAUCCCAAGUCAGCGCCAGAAGCUCCUCAGCCAACGCAGGAUCAAGAAUGGGUGUCUGGCUUCAAGCUUCUUACUAUCAUGACCGCCGUCUCGCUAGUGUGUCUGCUCAUGCUGCUGGACACGUCAAUCAUCGCUAUUCCGAAAAUCACAAACGACUUCCAUUCUUUGCCCGACGUGGGCUGGUACGGUUCCGGAUACCAGGUUGCAAGUGCGGUCCUGCAACCGCUGACGGGGAAGUUUUACUCGAACUUCAACUCCAACUGGACCUUCCUCGCCUUCUUCGCCAUUUUUGAACUAGCCUCUCUGCUAUGUGGAGUGGCCAACUCUUCGAAGAUGUUGAUUGUGGGACGGGUCGUCGCCGGCAUGGGAAGUUCUGGCAUAACGAACGGUGCUUUUACCAUCAUUGCUGGAUGUGUCCCUAUGGCAAAAAGACCAGCUCUCAUUGGAUUUGUUACCGCUUUUUCACAACUGGGCCUGAUAACGGGACCAUUGAUUGGUGGAUUACUGACGGAAUACACGACUUGGAGAUGGUGCUUCUACAUUAACCUCCCGAUUGGAGGGUUUGUUGCAGUACUUUUAAUAUUCAUCCACGUUCCCGACCAACUCCCCAAACCCCCUCCCCUGGCCGUCCUCAAAACGCUGCCAGAAAAACUCGACCUCACCGGUUUCGCACUCUUCGCGCCUGCCGUCAUCCAACUAUUACUGGCUCUACAAUGGGGCGGUAUCACAUAUACCUGGAACAGUGCGAAGAUCAUCGGCCUGUUCUGCGGCGCCGGCGGUACAUUCGCAGUCUUUCUAGCGUGGGAUUACCGUAAGGGAGACGACGCAAUGAUCCCUUUCUCCACAAUGGGAAAGAGGACUGUCUGGUCUAGCUGCGUGACGUACGGCCUCUUCAUGGGCCAGCUCUUCACAGUUUCCUAUUAUCUGCCGAUCUAUUUCCAGGGUGUGAAAGGCGCGUCUCCUACUAUGAGCGGUGUCUACGUUCUUCCUAUUAUUGGAUUUCACAUCCUCGCUGGCUUGAUCUCUGGAGUCCUAAUUGGAAAACUAGGCUACUAUUUGCCCUUCAGUGUACUUGGUUCCCUCCUAGUAGCAAUUGCAAAUGGUCUCUUGUCUACAUCAUCCCCCGGAACAUCGACUGGAAGAUGGGUUGGAUACCAGAUCAUCGGAGGUGUCGGUCGCGGACUUGGAAUGCAACCACCCAUAAUUGCCAUUCAAAACACCUUACAGCCAGCCCAAAUCCCCGUCGCCAUGGCGCUCCUCAUGUUCAGCCAAGCAUUCGGCGGAGCGCUGUUCCUCAGCUUCUCCGACACCAUCUUGACCAACAGUCUUAAAACCCUGCUUCCCAAGUACUCCCCUUCCGUGGAUCCUCAAGCUGUCAUCAAUGCCGGUGCAACGGGAUUCCGAACCAUUCUUCAAGGAGCCGACUUGGUAAACGUAGUGGUGGUGUAUGCGAAGAGUGUGGAUCGCGUUUUUUACUUGACUGCUGGAGCAGCAGUAGGCAGCUUCAUGUCCUGUUGGUUUAUGGGGUUCAAAGAUAUCAGGAAGAAGCAAACUGUUUCGAAAGCUUAG